AUGAACCUUUACGACGACGAGUCUCUCAAACAAGAGGUAAUCUACCUCCACUCCCUCUGGCACCAAGGCCCUCCAACCCGCAACCCAAUCCCCAAUUUCAACCCGGUUCACGACCCGGUUCACAGAUCCAGACCCAAUUACAUCCCACCUGCAGAUUUCCAGCUCCUCUCUCGCUACGGAUCCAACCCUAAUCAUCUUCAACCUCAACCUCACCUCAACAACAACAACAAACGCUCCAGACCCGGGUCGGAUCGUGAAUGGCCCGUUAACGAACCGCCUCGCUACCCUCCUACCACGGGAUGGCCUGAAGCCAAGCCGUUUAAAAAGGCUCGACCUUUAUCCGACGAGGAGAAAGCUAAGCUCGCCGUGAGUCAGAUUCAGAGAGACGUCCACCGCGCUUGUCGCGAGUUUUUCGGUAGAAGAAGUGAAGAGGAGUCGGAUACUGAUGAUGGAGGAGGAGAGGAGUUUCAGUUUUUGUCGAGAGUGUUUGAAGAGAAUGUGAAGCUUAAGGAGUGUUAUGAGAAGAACAGUGUGCAUGGGGAAGUGUGGUGUCUUGUCUGUGGAGGAAGUGGUGAGAAGAGUGUGAGGAAGUUUAAGAAUUGUUUGGCUUUGGUUCAGCAUUCACUUAAUAUUCAUAAGACUAUGAAGAAUCAGCAUAGGGCUUUGGCUCAGGUUGUGUGUGAUGUUUUGGGAUGGGAUGUUAAUAAUCCUGUUAUUUCCAGCCAAAAGGACUCUCAGACAUUGGGGGUAGAGGCGGUUGCCGAAGGUGCAACUGAGUUGCCUCCAGACACAAAGAAGCUUGAGGAGAAACAACAUGUGAUGUCUGCUGAUGAACAAGCAAAGGCUGUUGUGUUACUAAUGCAACAGAAUGCAUCUGAAGCUUUGAAAGGCAUUUCUGUCAAUGAUACUUCUGGUUCAGUUGAUGAAACUGAGGAGUUGGGAUUGAUAUCUCGGCUCUUCUCGGAGAACGCUGAGCUCAAAAGUUACUACGAGAAGAACUGUGAUGGUGGACACUUUGUAUGCCUAGUGUGUAGUGCUGCGACUGAUAAGAAGAUGAUAAAGAGGUUCAAACACUGUCAUGGACUUGUUAUGCAUUCUACUAAAACCCCAAAGAUUGCAAUAAGAGCUCACAAGGUGUUUGCUCGGUUUGUCUGUGAACUAUUUGGCUGGGAGUUUGAUCGUCUUCCACGUAAAGUAGUGAAAGACUGUGUUCCUCUUGUUGAAGCUAGUGCUAACCAGGACAAUGAGAAGCCAUCGUUGAUGAUCGAGGAACAUAUGAAUGAAGAGAAAACCGAUAGUCCAGAGGAAAGUAACAACCCAUGCGUUGGAGAGUAG